GUGACUACCAUCACUGGUGCCGCAAUCUACGCUGAUGCGCUGGCUAAAGCAGAAUUUGAUGUCGUUUUAGUAGAGGAAGCCGCUGAGGUGUUGUUAUGACUGAGUACUUAAAUAAGGUUUCAUGAUCAUUUGCAUCAAUUAUAUCCUACGUCGUGAAGUCUGAUCCUGAGUAAACUUCAUGCAGAUGAAGUUCGUCACAAACGAUAGUAGCACAAUUAAUAUUUAUACCGAAGUAGUCAACAAAAGAUGAUGAUGAAAUAGAAGAAAGACUAUAACCAAGAGAUGAUGAUGAAAUAAAAUACCGAAGUAGUCAACAAAAGAAAGACUAACGUACUACCUUGUCUUCUAAUCUCAGAAGCGCAGCUGAUCGCUUGCUUACAGAAAUCUGUCAAGCAUCUGAUCAUGAUCGGAGACCACUUCCAGCUACCUCCGCCAGUUCAG